ACAGAUAGAUAGAUAGAUAGAUAGAUAGACAGACAGACAGACAGAUAGACAGAGAGAGAGAUAGAUAGAGAGAUAGAUAGAUAGAUAGAUAGAUAGAUAGAUAGAUAGAUAGAUAGAGAGAGAGAUAGACAGAUAGAUAGAUAGAUAGAUAGAUAGACAGAGAGAGAGAUAGAUAGAGAGAUAGAUAGAUAGAUAGAUAGACAGAGAGAGAGAUAGAGACAGCAACUAGAACGCAAAAUAUUUAUAUUUAUUUGUAUAAGAAAACUACCUUCCUUUCUUUGCUAUUAUUAUUAUUAUUAUUAUUAUUAUUAUUAUUAUUAUUAUUAUUAUUAUUAAUAAAAAAAAUCGCGUGUUCUCGUAUCAGUUAUAAUACUCGUUAUCGCUCAUGUAUUUCUGCUAGGACUCCCGUAGAGUUGACGGCGCGGGGUGUCGGCGUUUUAAACACCGUGUGAAGCGCGACGGUACUCCGCUGUUUCUCCGCGUCCUUCCCUUCAUAACCCUGCCUCCGCGCCCCUCGCUCGGUUACUUCAUCGACGCGGGCCCCGCGGUGUCGGGGCGCAGGUGUGCUGAUCGGGGGGGGGGGUGCGUUCAGGACGGAGGAGAUUCUUCAGCCCAGAGUCGGCUCGACACACAGCAAGAAGGGGAGGAUCCUGCACAGGAAGUGUGUGAAGAUGGUGUUCCGCGAGGGGAGCGAGGCCCCGCCCCUUUCUCCCAUCCUGCCUCACCUCUACCUGGGAGCGCAGAGCGACGUUACCAAGGAGUGCCUGCUGGCUCUGGGGAUCUCGCACGUGCUCAGUGUGUGCCGCUCGUCUCCGCCCCUCCCUUUCCUGCCGGAGUGUCGGUUUCAUCGCGUUGCCGUCGACGACUCACACUGUGAAGACAUGCGGCCCUGGCUGGGAGGGGCCCUGGACUUCAUCGGUUUGUUAAGGAGCGUCGACCCUCCAUCUCCCCCAACUUGAACUUCCUCGGACAGCUGCAGGAAUACCAGAGCGCCCUGGCGCUGGAGAGAGAGAACGAGGAGGAGAGGAGAGAGGGAGAGGAGAGGAGAGACUACGA